AUGGCGUCUCAGAGGAAGAGUUUCAAUGUUGCCGGUCCUUCACAUCUUACUCAUGUUGAUUGGAGCAACUUUAGUCACCGUCGCUCCGUCGCUGCGUCCUUGGUGAAAGGUGUGUACAUUCACGAACAAGACCGCCAGCAAUGCUGUCACGGCGGUGACGGCGGUGGUGCUGUUGCUACUUCCCGCUGGUGGGAGUCCUUCGGCUUCCAGUUAAAGCAGGAGCUGGUAGAUGAAAAAGAUAAGUCCAUCUUUGGCGCUGUAUAUGAGCUGAAAUCUUCGUCCUGCCAGGCUCAAGCUCAGGCUCAGACUCAGGCUUAUAAACCCCCGAAACUAGUAAUUGCAUUUCGGGGGACACUAAUAAAAAAGAAGAGAUUGGUACAGGAUUUUAGACUCGACCAUCGCAUCAUUCAGCGCACCCUACACAAGAGCGACCGCGUCCGUGACGGAUUGCAGGCGGUCCACACUGCGGUUUCCAAGGUCGGGGCCGAGAAUGUGUGGUUGGCCGGACAUUCCUUAGGAUCUUCAAUCGCUUUGCUGGUGGGGAGAAACAUGGUAAAAAUGGGUUACUGUUUGGAAACAUAUUUGUUCAAUCCCCCGUUUGUGUCGGUGCCAACACAGAUAAUCAAGAACCCGAAGCUCCAGGAAGGGAUUCGUUUGGCCCACACCGCCGUCAAAGCCGGAAUGGCAGUCGCGAUGAGUAUUGUAAACAAGAAAAUUGUAGAAGACAAUAAUGAAGAGUUCAGUCUACUGUCCCCAUGGAUUCCGUACUUGUUCAUCAACCCGUCGGAUCCCAUUUGCGCUGAAUACCUGGAAUACUUCCAGCACAGAGAGAGGAUGGUAGCGGCCGCCGGAGAAAUUGGACGGCUUGCGGCGCAGAAUUCAGUGAGGUGCAUGGUGGCGAAUGCGAUGGGGAAGGAUUGUAAGCCGUCACACCUCAUUCCUUCUGCUUAUCUCACCAUUAAUUUGAAUGGUUCGCCGGUUUCAGAGUGGGAGGCGCACAAGCUCAGCCAGUGGUGGCACCCAGAUUUGAAGCUUGAUCACAAGCUAUAUCAGUUAUGA